AUGAAGAGAACACAGUUGCUAAACAAUAUCAAAAACUACGCCAUCACAUGUCCAGGCCAGGGUAUUAUACGUAAUGGCCUACUUGAAGAAAAUAAAGGCUACCGUCGUUUGUUCAAAUCGUACUUGGACGAAAUUGAUGCGGCAUUGGGCUGUAACUUUUCUGCAUAUUUAUUUCAUAGAGACGUUGGUGACAGUGAGACUCGCAAGUGGCUACAGCAGACGUCAAAUGCCCAGCCAGCAAUUCUAGCAUCUACCUAUAUCACACUCAAAGCAUUUGAAAAGGUUUAUGAUGUCGAUUUCUUGAAAAAUGCAAAGUUCCUACUAGGUCACUCCCUUGGAGAGUACACUGCGUUGACACUAAGUGGAAUUCUCAAUAUUUCCACUGCAAUUCAGUUAGUUCGAGAGAGAGGCGUGUUAAUGGAGGAGAUUGUGCGGCAAACACCCGGUGCUUUUGGUAUGAUUGCAUUGAUAAUUCGACCCGAACACGUGGACGAUGUCAUUCGUUUAGCUGCUGACUACAACGUUUUGGGAAAUGUCAACUCGAAAUACCAAGUUGUGAUAUCGGGUGAAUUGGAAAAGCUUGAUGCGUUUGUUAGCAUGUUGAGGAAGGUGAACAAGCGGAUGUUGUUAAAAGCUGAAAGGUUGCCAGUAUCAAUUCCAUUCCAUAGUACUAUGCUAAAGGAUAUAGUGCCAGAGUUGCGAUUGAUAGUGGAGGACAAGAUAAACACCCAAAGGAUUCCAAUCAUAUCUAAUUUAGAUGGCCAAGUUUCCACGGAGCCAUAUACAAUAGUAGAAAAGACGUUAGAUGCUAAUUACAAACCAGUGCAGUGGAUGAAGUCAAUGGAUACCUUGACGGCUGCCGGUGUAGACACCGUAUUCAAUUUGGGUCCGGGUAAAGUCGUCAAUGCCAUCAACAAGCGAUACGAUGUCAAAUGCAUUCCCAUAGACAAUAUUGAGCAGUUCAGUGUUGAUUGA